GCAGACGUGGAUCGCAGGUAUGGUUUUGGUUCCCGCCUCCACAGUCUGUCCAGCCGGCAGUAAGUUGGAGGACACGCAGUUUCCAAACAGUCUGCGCCUCAACUUUCUCCGAGCUGCGUGAUGUAAAGAUUCAAUACAAAACUGAACGGGACCUCGUUUUUUUGCUGCCUCACCUGACACCUGGGGUCUAAACUAAGAGGAAAUAUUUUUCUCUAAACUCUGGGAUUAUAAAGUCAUCAUUGGAGUCAGAUGGCCGUGCUGUGGACAUGCUGCUUUCUCCUCGCGUGUUGCUCUGUCUCUGCGCUUGGAAGUCCCAAGAACUGCGAAGAAGUGCACAAAGUUUUUAUGGCAUUUGGACCGAGCCAGUUCCCUUUAGGUCCUACAACAGGUAAAGACCUUCAGGUCUGCAUCUCCAAGAACUCAACGUGUUGCACCAAAAAGAUGGAGGAGAAGUACCAAGUGCUGGCCCGAAGAGACAUCCAGGACCUUCUGCAGACAUCCAGCUCUGGGCUGAAACUUCUCAUAUCUCGCUACGUGGCCGCUUUUCAAGAAACCUUUGAAGUCCUGAUCCGGCAGGCAGAGAAUCACACCAACACCAUCUUCCAGGAGUCCUACCCCAGCAUGGCGGAUCAGGCCGUGGGCGCAGUCAGAGAGCUCUUCACCGACGUCGGCCUCUUUCUUCUGGGCUCUGAGCUCAGCGUUGAUGAGCUGGUGCAGCGGUUCUUCGAUGCCCUCUUCCCACUCGUCUACAAACAUCUGAUAAACUCGGGCCGCGGCGAUGUAUCGCCGGGCUACGCUGAGUGUGUGAGAUCAUUAAGCCGUGAUGUCAGACCAUUUGGUGCAGCGCCGGGCCUGCUUGCCGAUCAGAUUACUUCCUCUGGGGUCUCUGGGAAGCUUCUGCUUCAGGCGCUGCAUCUCAGCAUCGAGGUCAUCAAUACCACCGACCACUUACAGCUGAGCCGCGAGUGCAGGCGGGCCCUGCUCAAGAUGCAGUUCUGCCCUCAUUGCCAGGGCUUAACCCAGUCCAAGCCUUGCAGGGGUUACUGCCUCAAUGUGAUGCGAGGCUGUUUGGCAAGCAUGGCAGAAAUCGACACCCACUGGAGGGAGUUUGUCAGCUCGCUGGAGGGCCUGUCAGCGAGGAUGCACGGAACACUGGAUUUGGAGCAAGUCCUCCUGGGAGUUCACACGCUGCUGCACGAUGCUGUCGGACAUGCUUUGCGAAACGGAGCUUCCAUCUCAAAACAGGUCCAGAAGUCGUGCGGCUCGCCCAGCAGGAGGCCUGCAGAGUCGGUCAGCGUGCAUCACGGCAGCAGGAGGGCAUCGCUCCCGCUUCAAGCUCCAGUCAAAGCGACAGGAGAAGCAUUUACCAGCAAGAGACGGGACUUCUUACGAACUCUGCGGCCUUACAGCACAUUCUACGGCGGCCUUGCAGAUCAGCUGUGUGACAGACAUCUCUCGUCUGGUGAAGGCCGGCUCUGCUGGAAUGGAACCAGCAUGGUACAGAGCUACACGGUUCGGGUGGUCGGAAGUGGAGUCAGAGCUCAAAGUACUAAUCCUGAAGUGAAGGUGAAGGGAAUCGAUCCUGUGAUAAACCAGAUCAUCGACAAACUCAGACACAUCAACCAGUUGUUACAGGGGAAGUCCAUCCCUAAGCUGGGCUCCUUGGAUCAGAUUGAGACAGGAAGUGGAGACACAGAGGGACGCUACAGCGGCGAGUGCGAUGAUGAGGACGGCUGUGCCGGUUCAGGAGGCGGCGAGUCAAGAACCAAAGUUUCCAAAGUUCACAAAAUGGUUCCAGAUGUGAUCAGUGAUUACAAACAUCAUAAUCAUCAUCCUCCAUUUGCCAGGGAUCCAGAAAUAGGCAGCAGAUCUAGCAGCCUCAGACUGAUUGGAGCCAUCUGGGUCCCGGUAUUGCCUUGUUUACAUAUGCUCCUCAUCUGGUAACAGCUGCAUUUUUGUAGUAUUACACCUUAAGACUUGGUUUCAAGCUUAUUUAUCCAAAAAGAAAGAACUCGUGGACGACGGAACCAACUACCCAUGGAGGACUUUCAGAGCAGGGACGUAGAAGAUGGUGUGGAACUGACAAGACUGAAAUAAAAAGAGGGAGGAAGAAAUCAACAAACACAAGUUUAUUAUUUACAUUGCAUUCGCUAAUACUAACAAAGAUUUAUUUAUGACAGACAAUGCUUAAUAAAGUGUGUUUUUUAUCAGUUUAAAUAUAAAAAUUGUUUUAUUUCUGGAUAUUCUGUAAAAAAAAAAAAAUACUUAAAUAUUUUUUUUCUGCAGUAUUUGUACACGACCAAAGGGUCUAAUAUUCUGUCUAAAGAGUCUGUUGUGAUUGUUUGUCAAAUAUUAUACAUAUAUUUGUGUUUGAAAUAGGAUUGCAUAACAUGAAAUUCCAAUAUAGUAUCAGGUCUGAACUGGGAAACGAAUACUUUUCCACGGUAAUAUUUGCCUGCUGUCCAAAUUCCAUUGAAUCCGAAUAUUUCAAUUGUAUUAUCGACCUGUGCUGCUGCGGAAAGAAAUGCUGAAAGGAAAAAUUCGGACAGGUGGAAAUCGGGGGCGAGUGAGAGAAUUCAUCCCCCUUUCUUCUUUAGAAGUAGAUUAGUUUCCUCUGGAGUCUAUUAUCAUCUUUCAGACUCAAUCCUCCUCUGGCUUCAUAGGCCUGCAUGGAGGUUGAUAGCCCCGGGAGCCACUGGUGAGGAAAAAUCCAAUUGCUUCUUGCAGCUAUCUGACAGGUUUCUGUGUAGAAAAUGUAAAUGUAAAAUGACUUGUUUCACAUAUGAGUGUCUGGUCAGUGGCUGAGAUACAAAAGCGCUUUGCUGCUUUUGAAAAGGACUUCUUUGACUGUCAAACAUUGUGGAAGCAGUGUGUGUUUAGAAAGCACUCCGUCUCCUUGACUCCCUCAAAAAUGUUAUUUGUACUUAUUACUGAGAGCACUGAGUGGGAAGAUUUCUUUUUUUAAAUCAUGGCUUUUCGUUGAGUUUGCACGUUAUGUGGCUGUAAAAACAAUAUGUGGUCAGUUGUUUCUUUCUAAAUUGGUUGAGUGUUUUAUUUUCUGUACGGUCUGUGAUGGACAGACGGAGAUCGGAUAAGACUGGUUAUAAACGUACUCGACCUUAUACAACUGUUUAAAAAAUGCAGAAGGUGUAGUCUAUAAAAGUCUGUUUUCAUUAUCUGUGUGAAUGUGAAAAGUGAAAAUUUUCUUUUUUCUCAGAAAACACUGAAAACAAAAAGACAGAAACAUAUUUUUAUCUUGGAAGAGUAAGUUUGCAAAGCACACAUUUCAGUCAGACUAAAAAUCCUAUUCGCCUUACAAAAAAAAAAAAAAGAUAAAUUUAUAUAUAUGAAAAAUAAAGUUUUUCCAACCAUUGUUUCUAGAUCAGUCUGUCUAUCCAAAAAAAUUGAGGUACUUCCAGAGGGAAAACCAUCAUCUGAGCUUUAAGGCAGAGUGGCAUGGUAGAAGCAAGUCCUCUGAGGCACAUGAAAGUCUGCUUGGAAAAAAAAAAAAAACACAUGGGACUCUCCAGGGAAAACAAAGCUCUCUGGUCUGAUGCAUUUAUGCUGCAGUUUUGAAGCUUCAUUUCUGAGCCUCAUGACAACAGAGCUCAGCUCAGCACCUGCUCAAUAACCCCACACUGAUGCUUGCUGGAGCGUUUUCAGCUACUGGAGACACUGUAGAGGAAAGAAAAAAGUGCAUUCAAAAAGCUUAAUGUACCUCGUUCUUUUAACCACAUUCUGCCAACAGUUCACAGUCACAGGACUUAAAGUGGUUAAAGUUAUAAUCUGGGGAACUCUCGAGGAUUGUUGGUUACUGGCACUCUCUACUCUCAGAACUCGCAAACAUCUCCUGGGAAUUUCGGUUGACAUUUCUGGAAUCAAGGUGUUUGAGGUGUCACUUCUAUAGAGACCAGUGAGCUUUACCACAAGUGCCUUGAGGAGUCUAAACACUUAUAGUGGGUCAAACAAGUAUUUAUCAGUCACUGAUUGUGGAAUGUGUCUCACUUUAAAAGAUAGUGUCCAUCAUAUCCCUCUUCCAUCAGUCAUUAGAAGAAGGUUUUUCCACAUCUUAUUAUAGAGCUCCAACUCCUUUUUACCUUCAUUCAACAUGUGGUAUUUAUACCUAAGACUUCCAUCUUAAUCUCAUCUGACCAUAGGACAUCUCUUUAGUUCUCAUUUGGAUCAUCCAGACAGUCUCUGGAGAACUUUAGACCGGCUUGGCUAUGUGCUCCUGUGGUCCCAGCUCUCUUCAGGUCAUUGACCAGUUUUCCUCUAUGUAGUUCUGGGCUGUUUCCCCACCAUUCUUGAGAUCAUUUUUAUCCCAUGUAUCUUUCAUGGAGCUCCAGGUGGAGAGAGAUGAAUCUUAUAUUUCUUCAGUUUUAUCAUAAUUCUUCCAACAGUUGAUCUCUUCUCAUCAAACUGAUUGAUUUUUCUUGAUUGGUUGAUCCAGGUCCUGUUCAGGGAUGCAAUCUUGUCCCGGGUAUCCUUCGACAGCUCGUUGGUCUUUGGUCAUGAUGGAAAGGUUACAGUCUGAUUGUUUCAGGGUGUGGACGGCUGUCAUUUGUACAAACAGGUGACAAUGACAAAGGUCAUGAGUGGACUAUAAAAUAGUUUUUAGAGAGGAGGAACAGGUCUGCGAGGAACAGAAUUCUUGUUGGAUCCAAAAUUUCUGCAACAUUGUCCCAAUAAAUUCUUUCAAAACCAUGAA